AUGAUAAAGCAGUUACCACAGUUAGACCUGAGAGACCAAGGUGGGAGAGUGAUCACAGGAACCCGGAGGGUCCAUCGCAAAGAGUUCUGCCUCAGUGAAUUCUCCACUCAUGUAUUCAUCAUCAUCAUUGAAAUAAAAGAAGACAGGAUGAAUGUGACCGAAUUCAUUCUAAUGGGACUUACCCAGAAUCUUCAGAUGCAGAGAAUUCUAUUUUUGGUGUUACUUAUCAUCUACAUUGUCACUGUCACAGGCAACCUGCUCAUUGUGGUCACUAUAAUCUGCAGCCAGACUUUGGACUCCCCAAUGUAUUUCUUCCUGGCAUUCUUAUCUUUGAUAGCAUGCUAUUCCUCCUCCAUAGUCCCUAAAAUGUUAGCUGAUCUGCUCUCUGAUUCAAAAUCCAUUUCCUUCAGUGGCUGCAUGACACAGCUCUUUGUAGAACAUUUCUUAGGAGCUUCAGAGAUUGUCCUCCUUGUGGUCAUGGCCUACGACUGCUAUAUGGCCAUCUGUAGACCUUUGCACUAUAUGACCAUCAUGAACUACCACACACGUUGCCUCUUUGUAGGGGUGUGUUGGGCAGUAGGUUUUCUCCACUCCAUUGGACAGAUUCUAGUUACUUUCUGGCUCCCAUUCUGUGGUCCCAACACCAUUGAUCACUUCAUGUGUGACAUUUUCCCCCUGUUACAACUUGCCUGUACUGACACUUUCUUUGUUGGCCUCUUUGUUGUUGCCAACGGUGGAUUGAUUUCUGUGAUCACUUUUGUGAUGCUAUUGGUAUCCUAUGUGGUCAUCCUGUGCUCCCUGAAGACCCACAACGCUGCAGGGAGGAAAAAGGCCCUCUCUACCUGCGGCUCCCACAUCACAGUUGUUGUUUUGUUCUUCGUGCCCUGUAUUUUUAUGUAUCUGCGACCAGUAGCUACUUUUCCCAUGGAUAAAGUCGUAACAAUAUUUUUUACUCUUAUUACUCCCAUGUUAAACCCUGUCAUCUACAUAGUAAGGAAUACAGAGGUAAAAAAUGCCAUCAGAAUGUUAUUAAACAGGUAUGCAAUUUCAGAUAAUGAAUGA